CACAAAAUAUAUGCGCAGGCAAGGUUGAUCGAGAUCGAAAGAGCAACAAGAAACAAUAUGUAGGAAGUAGGAAGUUACAAUACCUUGCCUUGGAAACUUUCCUCAGUCAUGUCGCUCAGGGAAGCAAUAUUCCUUCUCCGCGAUGCCACUUUUGGUGCCGGGACAGCUUUUCGCAGCACAAUUGUUCGCGUUUGCUUGUCAUGUUGUACUGUGCUUGCCCUGGUUUGGGUAGCAGUGAUGAUGUACGUGAGCUUCUACUACGCUUACAUGCCAACAGUCCGACAUGCAGAGCCCGUAUAUCUUCAGUUCGCAUCGGAUUGUGAAACUGGAAUAUGUUCCUAUCCAGAGGCUAACGUCUCGUUGAGCAAAGGCGAAAGGAUUUUGAUGAGGGGUCAGAAAUACCAAGUCUUUUUGGACCUGGAAAUGCCUCACUCUCCUGUCAAUGAAAAACUAGGCAUGUUCAUGGUGAAUGUCAAGUUCUAUUCAAGCUCUGGGUCUGUUGUAGCCAAAUCUUCAAGAUCUAGUAUGCUGCACUUUAAAUCUGGUCUUCAUCAAAUGAUCUACACAGUCUUCAUGUCAUUCCCUCUCAUGUUUGGCUUCAGUGAAGAAAAACAGAUUGUUCCUGUUCGACUUUUUGAAAACUAUGUGGAUGAUUCGUAUCACCCAGCUGUCACCAUUAAUAUCAACAUCGCAGCCAAGCACAUAGAAUUCUACAGUGCGUCUUUAAGGAUAGAAGCACAGUUCACUGGUUUAAGACACAUCUUAUUUGCUUGGCCUGCCACCUCUGCACUGGUCAUCAUCACCGCAAACUUCAUCGUCGUCAGCUUCAUCUUUUUCUUUGCCUACACCGCUUUUGUCCCAGAACCCUCCGAAGACAUAUGCCGCCCCCUUAGCCCUGCCCUAGCCGUCACAACCAGCCCAAGCAACGCCCGCCGUCGUUUCUUUGGCUUUGAAACCGAACCUCCACAGGCCUCCCGUCAGUGUUCUCCGCCAUCUCGCACUGGUAGGUCCAAAACCAUUCACAAACGCCCUCGCAUGACUCAACCAGAUUCUCGUAAUGUGUCGUCCACCAGCCGUGAUAAAUCGUCCCCAGAUGAGUCCUCCGCGCGUGGAUUUACGCGACCUGACGGUUAUUUGCCGUUUAGGUGGAGAACCCGUGCAGCGCAUCCAAGCCAGCAUCACACAAAUCUUCAUGCGACUGUACGUCGUGCAUCCGGAGAGAUCGGUCGAGGUGGUCAGGCUGGGCCUGGUGGUCUUCCUGUGGUGCGCAAUGCGGACAACGAACUUACUGGCGGGGGUCCUGUGGAAGAUGUUGGACGCGGCAUACAACACGCGGGCAUUCCUUUGGACCACAGCUGGCACCGUGGAAAUAGAGGAAAUCAACGAGAGUCCAAAUCCAGGACCCUCACAACUUCGCGAUCGAUGACGGAUGCGAGGUUUCUGCUAGAGAAUACGCAUGACAAUGAUAGGGGGACGCCGAUGAGGACUCGCUCGGAAGAGAGCCUGGUAUGGGGCGGCGGCGGCGAGGCCACCAGGCCUUAUAUCAUCAUAGACCCUGACACUGGAAAACAUUACACAAGUUUUGCCGCAUACCAGGAAGACCGGAUCGGAUUACCUGGAAAAGCGUCGGGUCCUGACAAGGCCGACGACGGCAGCAUUGAACCUGAGGACGUUGAAAGUCAUUCCGAAAAUAGCUCCGUUCAAGACGGAGGGACUACAGUUGGAAACAAGUGGGCACCUAUUCAUAGGGUGCCUGAUGGCGCAGAUGGCGGCUCGGCCUCUUCGUUAAAUGGGCCUGCUGGGACCUCGAACGAAAGAGCCGAGUUUGGGAGUCCAGCACUGAGGAAACGUUCUUUGAAACGAAGUCGUCAAAAGAUUGGAUUGUCGUUUAGAAAAAUGCUAUCUUUGAGAUAGGUAGACAAAUUAUUAAAAAGGAUGUUAUAUUUGAUCAAAAGAAUCGAGGACGUGUUAGAAAACUAACCUUACUUUUAACGACCAAUAAAAACGCAAUGGAUUCUAAAAGUAUAAGGGAAAUAAAAAACAUUUAUUAAGCUGAAAUUUGUUUUUUUAUACGAGAGUCGAUCGAAACUAUUGUGCGUUUAAUAAAAAGACGUCGACGUCUGUGUGAA